AUUCCCACUACGCGUGGCCACAGGAAGAAAUUACCUGGGUAACGUUACUGCUUUUUGGACAUCAUAACGCAUACACUACAGAUAAAAUCUGCUCUCCUUGAUGAAGCUGCGUUUUGGUCUGCAUGCAGAGCAGUACCUACUUCUUUAAAAAAAGAUGUACAGUAAGUAGCAAGGUCCAGAUCGGCAGCACUUUGUGACACACGUUGGUUAGAAAUUGCUGUCAGGACUGUUCCACACGGCCCUGUCAGAUGACCACUUCGUAAGUGAUUCCUUGGGGGGCUCUUCACCAAAGUGGCCCUAAAACUCUCCUUUGAAACGGGACAGAGUGGUCAUGGAUGUCAUCCAGUUUCUGGCAUCCCUGCUAGACUUGCACAGGCAGCAAUUGCAGGCCCUGACACGGCAGGGGGAGAUCCAGGCAGAGGUCCUGGCCAAGCUGCUGGAGGCUGAGGGGUGUGGGAAGCUCCACCUGUGCCGCUCCAUGGAGAAGGAGCUGCGGAUGCCCAGGAUGAAGCUGGAGGAGGAGGACCCCGAGGCCUACCUCUCAGUGUUCGAGCAGGCAGCAGCCAGCUGUAGGCUACCCAGGGCAGAGUGGGGGGCCAGGCUGGUGGGGCUGCUGAGUGAGGAGAUGCGGACAGAGACCUGCUCCAUGUCAAAGUCACCCACCUCACCCGACUAUGACGCCCUGAAAUCAAGGAUACUGGACCAGGCUUGGGCUGUGGAGGAGCAGUGCAGACUUGACUUCAGCUCCAUGAGGUAUGACCCACUCAAGGGGGUGCGAGAACUGGGUGAGAGGCUGCACUCGGCUGCCAAGCUCUGGCUCAAGCCGGAACGGAGGACGGCAGAUCAGGUGGUCCAGAGGGUGGCCGUGCAACGCUUUGUCUCCCUCCUGCCAAAGGAGACUAGGAGCCUGGUGCACAGGCAGUUCCCGGCGAGCAUGGAGGAGGCCAUCCAUAUGGCUGAACUGCAUCUGGGCCGAGCUACUGCGCAGGACUCUCCUCCUGCUUGCGACCAGAUUGCAGAACAAACAGACUUACACAGACAAAAUGGGGAGGUGGAACCAAGACUGGCUAAACUGCGAACCAGCUGUUACCAGACUGAUGCCCGUGGAAAUCUGACCAAGCCAUUUCUUAACAAGCCAGAUACAGACAAACUUUGUCAAUCCGACAACCUCUGUUUGGAGGCUCAGGAGCCCGAGGAGGUCUGCCUGGAGGAGGACGGCUCUGUGGAGGGGGAGAGCUGUGUCAAGGUUGUGGAGCCUGUGGACGGGGGUGGUGUGGCUGAGGGGGGGGUCUCCUUCUCCACUGAGCCAGCUGAAAUGGAGAAGAGGACAGUCUUUAUGGGGUCUAAUAAAAUGCAGGUCUUUUCAGCAUCUGAGGAAGGCGAUCCUACCAUCAUCUUACCUCUUUGUCUGACACCCAAAUACAGCUCUGUCACCACAGGAACUGGAACUGACCCUGUGGCCUCCUCCUUAAAGUCAGACAGUACGGCCUCGGAAAUAGAAAUGACUCUGGCACAACCCCACUGUCUCAGUUAUCCGGGGACCAAGAAGAGCAUGGCUAAGAGGAAGUGUGAAUAUCCUGAUUGUGGGACGUGUUACGGCACGGCUGCCCACCUGGGCAGACACAAGUGCGGCCAUCAGGGGGAGCAGGGUUACUCCUGCCCCCGCUGUGACCGGGUUCUGGCCACCAGCAAGCAGCUGACCCACCACCUGCGGAUGCACGAGAAGCUGCACUGCUGCACGGACUGCGGCAAGCGCUUCCGGGACAGUUACAACCUGCGGUGCCACCAGAGGACGCAUACGGGGGAGCGCCCCCACCGGUGCCCCGACUGCGGCCAUGCCUUUGCCCAGGAGAGGGGCCUCCGCGAGCACCGCAACAUCCACACGGGGGAGAGGCCGUUCCGCUGCAAGGAGUGUGGGAAGGGGUUCCGCCACAGCCGCACCCUAAGUAAGCACAGCCAGCUGCACUCGGAGGAUCGGCCCUUCCUCUGCGCCCAGUGCGGCUGGACCUUCAAGCUCAAGGACGCCCUCAAGAGGCACCAACAGACUCACAACAAAGGGAGAGCCAACGACGGGGGCUUGGGCGACCCUCAAGGUGUUCCCAAAAACAGCUGA